UGUUCAGAAAAGUGAAACGAAAGUUGAGCGGCUCAGGCAGGAAAACACGUAACACAACUAAAUUUAGGCUUAAUGUUUUAAUGUAUUGGCCCUUAAGAGAGUCAAGUUUUGCUGAAUUAUAGGAGACACAUAUUUUUUUUCUUUUUUGACGGCAGUUGACAGCGGGCUGUUCUGGUGGGAGUGGGUCCGUGAUGGACAGGGUGAAGCUGUCACGCAUUGAUGAGGAGCUGGGUUCCUCUGAGGUGGCGGCUCUCUGCUUCUUGUGUCGUGAUGUUGUCAACAGGAAACACCUAGAGAAGGUCCAGGAUGCUAAAGAUCUGUUCCUGAAGCUAGAGGAAAAAGGUCUACUGGAGAACGGGGAUUUUCUUUCUCAGCUGCUCAAUACGAUCCGUCGAGCAGACCUCCUCGCCAUGCUGGAGACGGACAGCAGGCAGCCAGAAGAAACAGAUGCAAGCCGCCGGCUGUCAGACUACAGUGUGAUGCUGUACAACAUACAUCAGAACAUGACUGACAGUAACUUUGACAAGAUGAGUUUCCUGUUGAGUGGAAGGCCGGACGGAAAGCUGGACAGAAGACAAAUUGAGUCUUGUAAGACACCACUGGAUGUGUUUGCUGAAAUGGAAAGGACUGGUUUACUGUCAAAUCAAAAGCUUGACGUGCUGCUUUCAGUAGUGAAGGAGUUAGACCAAGAACUGGCACAAACUGUGCAGCUCUACAUGCAAGGAUUAAUCCAGCCUUCUCAUUUCAGCAUGGAUCACCAGAGGUCCAACGACCCCCCUCGUCCGACUCAGCCCUCUAUGUCUGUGUCUGAGACUCAGCCCGGUGGUGAACGAGAGAGUGUGUACUCGGACGCAAACCCCAGACCCCAGAUUGAGCAUCCUUCUCUUCCUGAUCAGACGGAAUAUUACGCCAUGAAUCAUAGCCCUCGAGGACAGUGUGUGGUCAUCAACAACAAGAGUUUCUUAAAGGGUCUGAGAACAAGAGGAGGGUCUGAUAAGGAUGAAGAGGCUCUGUGUCAAGUGUUCUCCCAGCUCGGCUUUACCAUGGUGGUUCAUCGCGACCUGACUGCAGACGCCAUGCAGCGUGAAGUGACAAAGCUGAGCAAGAGGAGCUUUUUAGAGGAAGAUGCCUUGGUGAUUUGCGUGCUUUCUCACGGAGAAAAGGGCAGUGUGUACGGGUCUGAUGAGAAGGAGGUGUACAUCAAAGAUCUGACUUUGCCCUUCACGAGCGAGAAGGCUCCCACCUUAGCAGGGAAGCCCAAACUGUUUUUCAUCCAGGCGUGCCAGGGAAAGGGCUACCAGGGAGGAGCCGUGCCGUUACCCCCCAGGCCGAGACACGAGGACGGAGACAGACAGAGCCAUCUGGAGGAAGAUGCUGGUCCUGUGCUUGAAGAGACAGUGCCCUCGGAUGCCGACUUCCUUCUGGGCAUGGCCACCGUGCAGGACUACAAGUCGUUUAGACACGUUUCCUUUGGAUCCGUCUACAUCCAGGAGCUUUGCAGGCAGCUUCAUAAAUCAGCAGAGAGCUCGCAGAUGGAUAAUAUUCUCUCUGUGCUGACACGUGUGAACAGGGAGGUCAGCAAAGGAGUUUAUUUAAACCACAAACAAAUGCCCGAGCCCAAGUACACCCUCACCAAGCAGCUCGUCCUCAAAUACGUUUGACGUGCCACUGUGACCAAGUGCAACGCUACUUAGGUGGCACAUUGAGGAUUCACAAACCAGAAUUGUUUUCUGUGUGUAUGAGUAUGUGUGUUUAAUGUCUCUCUGCAGCCCCUUUCUCACAUGAACUCCUGACGUUUUCUAGAUCAUUUCAGGACAUCUAAGUCCUGGAUGUUGCUAACACACUAACACAGCAGUUUGAUAUUACAAUAGAAUCACAAAUUAACUUUUAUCUGCAGAUAACAAGAAAAAUAAGUCGUGAUGUCAAGAAAACAACCAGCAAUUACACAUAUUCCAUCACAGUAAAUAAAAUGUGUGGAUGCAUGUUUGCUCAGGGCUUCAGUAUUUAACCUCCUUGACAUUUGCACGAGUGAUGUGCAUGUGUGAAAGAGACUAUAGCUGAAUGUAUGUAUGGAUCUGAAUGUUGUUACCUUGAGAAGAGAGUAUGUGUUAAUGAAAAACAUAGAAUCAAGGUACAUAAUAUGUCUCAAGAGCCAUUUAAAUACAUUGUUUUAAUGUAUCAGGAGAUAAAUACAGUAAGUCAUCAUUUUGUCAUAGUUUAUACAUUUAGAAAAUACUUGUUGCUUUAGAUAGAUAAGAACUUUAUUGUCUAUUUUUGCUUUAAACAAACUCAAAUGUAAUCAUUUAUUUUUCCGGUUCAAACAAUAAAACAUGAAAUCCA